AACUCACUUUUCGUUUGAUUUUUUUAGCUUUGUGUUUCUCCUCAAAACACCGUUCCAGAAUUUCAGAUAGAUUUAAAAAACGAAAAAACACUAUGGAGGAGACUCUCAUCCCAUUCCGUGGCAUUAAAAAGGACCUUCAAGGAAGACUGAUGUGCUACAAGCAAGAUUGGACUGGCGGUUUUAGAGCAGGCUUUAGGAUUUUGGUCCCCACCUCCUACAUCUUCUUCGCUUCUGCCAUUCCAGUCAUUUCAUUUGGCGAACAACUGGAAAGAGAUACCGAUGGAGUUCUGACAGCAGUUCAAACGUUGGCAUCUACUGCAAUUUGUGGGAUCAUACAUUCAAUUAUUGGAGGUCAACCAUUGCUUAUAUUAGGAAUAUCUGAACCAACUGUCAUUAUGUACACAUUUAUGUUUAAAUUUGCCAAAGACAGAAAGGAUUUGGAUCCAAACCUCUUUCUAGCAUGGACUGGAUGGGUAUGUGUCUGGACUUCAAUCCUGUUAUUCUUAUUGGCUAUACUGGGAGCUUGCUCCAUAAUCAACAAGUUUACCCGUUUGGCUGGAGAGCUGUUUGGUCUGCUCAUAGCCAUGCUUUUUAUCAAGGAAGCUAUUGAGGCACAGAAUGUUUCUGCACCAGUUGUGCUUGGCAGAUAUAACGGUACCGCCUGGGGUAGCCCUUUGAUAGCUUUGUGUUUCUCCUCAAAACACCGUUCCAGAAUUUCAGAUAGAUUUAAAAAACGAAAAAACACUAUGGAGGAGACUCUCAUCCCAUUCCGUGGCAUUAAAAAGGACCUUCAAGGAAGACUGAUGUGCUACAAGCAAGAUUGGACUGGCGGUUUUAGAGCAGGCUUUAGGAUUUUGGUUCCCACCUCCUACAUCUUCUUCGCUUCUGCCAUUCCAGUCAUUUCAUUUGGCGAACAACUGGAAAGAGAUACCGAUGGAGUUCUGACAGCAGUUCAAACGUUGGCAUCUACUGCAAUUUGUGGGAUCAUACAUUCAAUUAUUGGAGGUCAACCAUUGCUUAUAUUAGGAAUAUCUGAACCAACUGUCAUUAUGUACACAUUUAUGUUUAAAUUUGCCAAAGACAGAAAGGAUUUGGAUCCAAACCUCUUUCUAGCAUGGACUGGAUGGGUAUGUGUCUGGACUUCAAUCCUGUUAUUCUUAUUGGCUAUACUGGGAGCUUGCUCCAUAAUCAACAAGUUUACCCGUUUGGCUGGAGAGCUGUUUGGUCUGCUCAUAGCCAUGCUUUUUAUCAAGGAAGCUAUUGAGGGCCUCGUGGAUGAGUUUCGGAUUCCAAACAUUAAAAAUCCAGAAUUAACAGAAUAUAAACGUUCAUGGAGGUUUGGCAAUGGCAUGUUCGCUUUGUUUUUAUCAUUUGCCCUCCUGAUCACCAUACUAAAAACCCGUAAAGCAAGGUCAUGGCGCUAUGGAGGUGAUGACAUCAUCUGUCCUUCUGAGAGAAACUUAAAGGAGAAGUUUUUCACAGGUUGUAUUAGAAGCUUCAUAGCAGACUUUGGAGUUCCACUUAUGGUACUGGUAUGGACUGCUGUGUCCUACAUACCGGUUAAAUGUGUCCCAGAAGGGAUUCCUCGUCGUCUCUCUAGCCCCGAUCCAUGGUCACCUAGUGCCUCCAAGAACUGGACAGACAUGUUGAAUGUUCCUAAUUCCUACAUUGUUGGAGCUUUCAUUCCAGCAACAAUGUUGGCAGUGCUAUAUUAUUUCGAUCAUAAUGUAUCGUCUCAGCUUGCGCAGCAGAAAGAGUUCAAUUUAAGAAAACCAUCUUCUUAUCACUACGACUUAUUUCUUUUGGGUUUCAUGACCUUAUUAUGUGGUCUUGUUGGAAUUCCGCCAUCAGAUGGAGUCAUCCCACAAUCACCAAUGCAUACCAAAAGCCUGGCUACUCUCAAACAUCAGUUGCUUCGUAAGCGACUAGUUUUAACUGCACGUACAAGUAUGAGAAAGAAUGCUAGCUUAGGACAAUUGUAUGGAGAUAUGCAAGAAGCCUAUCAACAAAUGCAGACACCUUUAAUUCAUGAACAGGAGCCCUCAUUUCGAGGAUUAAAGGAAUUAAAAGAAUCGACAAUUCAAGCAACCACAUGUAAAGGAAAUAUCAGUGCUCCUGUUGACGAGACUGCAAUUGACAUUGAGAAGGAGAUCAAUGAGCUCUUGCCUGUUGAGGUGAAAGAACAGCGUCUCAGUAACUUUCUUCAGGCCCUAUUGGUGGGUGGAUGUAUUGCUGCGAUGCCUAUACUGAAAAUGAUCCCUACUUCGAUCCUUUGGGGCUACUUUGCCUUCAUGGCCAUUGAAAGCUUAGCAGGAAAUCAAUUCUGGGAUAGAAUCUUAUUGCUCUGCACAGCACCAAGCAGGAGAUACAAGGUUCUUGAAGAGAAACAUGCAACAUUCAUGGAGACUGUUCCAUUCAGGACAAUUACAGUGUUCACAAUUUUUCAAACAGUUUAUUUGCUUUUAUGUUUUGGGAUAACUUGGAUUCCAAUGGUCGGUGUUCUCUUCCCUCUGGUGAUCAUGCUUUUGAUCCCCAUAAGACAAUACCUCCUGCCCAAGCUUUUCAAAGGGGCUCAUCUUCAGGACUUGGAUGCGGCAGAGUAUGAAGAAGUACCUGGUCUGCCAUUCAAUAUCGCCACUGAGACCGAGCUGGGUGCUGGCGCAUCUGAGAUAGAAGACGGGGAGAUUUUGGACGAGGUUAUUACCAGAAGCCGCGGAGAAUUCAGACAUACUUGCAGUCCUAAGAUCAGCAGCUCUACCGCAACACCGGCGAACGACCCUAAACCUCUUCGAAGCCCACGUUAUCCAGCCCGGGUGUUCAUAACCUCAAAGAAGACAGAAGUCCCCAUAGUCCUAGGACUUGGGAGCUGAAAGCAUCUAUUUUGGGGAAGAGUCCACUUCACUUUCCAUCAAAAUCAGGGGAAUUAUUAUCAAAAAUGAUUUAGCAACAUGCUAAUCUUGUUUAUAAGGUCUAGUAUGAUAUCAGUCCUAUGGUUAUUGGACACGUCAUAAAAAGUGAGUUGUUUACAGAUUCACUUGAUCCAAUUAAAUGAAAUAAUAGUUA